AUGACCCACUGUUGCUCCCCUUGCUGUCAGCCUACCUGCUGCAGGACCACCUCCUGCAGGACCACCUGCUGGCAGCCCACCACUGUGACCACCUGCCACAGCACACCCUGCUGCCAGCCCUCCUGCUGUGUGUCCAGCUGCUGCCAGCCUUGCUGUCACCCAACUUGCUGUCAAAACACCUGCUGCCAGCCCACCUGUGUGACCAGCUGCUGCCAGCCUUCCUGCUGCAGCACACCCUGCUGCCAGCCCACCUGCUGCAGGACCACCUGCUGCCAGCCCACCUGUGUGACCAGCUGCUGUCAGCCUUCCUGCUGCAGCACACCCUGCUGCCAGCCCACCUGCUGUGGGUCCAGCUACUGCCAGCCCAGCUGCUGUGCACCCGUCUACUGCAGGAGAACCUGCUACCACCCCACGUGUGUCUGUCUGCCUGGUGGCCUAAACCAGAGCUGUGGCUCCAGCUGCUGCCAGCCCUGCUGCCGCCCAGCCUGCUGUGAGACCACGUGCUGCAGGACCACUUGCUUCCAGCCCACCUGUGUGACCAGCUGCUGUCAGCCUGCUUGCUGCUGA